AUGGCUUCUACCUGCAGCACCCCGAACAAUGCGAAUUUCCACGAAAGACAUCUCAAAGGCAGCUCCCCCAAAGGUCUUUCCUUCCUUAGUCUGCUGAAAAGAAGUGGUCAGCAUCUACGCCGCUCUAGCAAAGAUGACACCCAACAAGCUUCCGAUACAGCUUUUCAAGCUGCGCCGACCGAGAAAGUGAGCCCCAUUCAGCACAUCGAUGCAGCCGGGCAAAUACCCGAUAGGACCUUGCCUGGAAAGUCACCCCCGGCAGCCAAUUCGAUCAAGAAGGCUCCCGUCUCGAUUCUGCGAAAGACCAAUUCCCUCGAUCUCGAUUCCAUCAUCUGGGACGACUCGUCAAGAGAUCGCCAGAAUAUGCAAAGAUCGGUGAAUCUGGACGAUAUGAUCGCACGACUCCUCCAGGUCGGACAUUCAAAACCAUCCAAAAGCGUCUGUCUCACCAAUUCCGAGAUCAUUGCUGUCUGCUCGAAUGCACGCAACCUUCUUCUUUCUCAACCGGUUCUUCUAGAACUCAAUGCUCCGAUCCAGAUUGUCGGCGAUCUACAUGGGCAAUACCUAGAUCUCAUUCGACUCUUUGAAACGUGCGGAUAUCCCCCCGCCACCAACUACCUCUUCCUUGGAGACUACGUCGACCGCGGCAAGCAAAGCCUCGAGACCAUGCUGUUGCUAUUAUGCUACAAGCUCAAAUACCCAGAAAAUUUCUUCAUUCUCCGAGGUAAUCACGAAUGUGCCAAUAUCACCCGCAUCUACGGGUUCCAUGACGAAUGCAAGCGACGCUGUAACAUCAAAAUCUGGAAGACCUUCACCGAUGUGUUCAACUGUCUCCCCCUUGCCGCUAUCGUCGCAGAGAAAAUAUUCUGCGUCCACGGUGGUCUCUCACCGAAUCUCACGAAUAUGGAUGAUAUUCGGAAAAUACCUCGACCGGUUGAAGUACCCGAGUACGGCCUUCUGAACGAUCUUCUUUGGAGCGACCCUGCCAAUAUCAAGGAUUGGGGACCUAAUAAUGACCGUGGUGUGAGUUGGUGUUUUGGCAAAGCGCCGAUUGUGAAUUUCUUGAAACAUCACGAUUUGGACUUGGUUUGUCGGUCGCAUAUGGUGGUGGAGGGUGGCUAUGAGUUCUUUGGGAACAAAUCGUUGGUAACGGUAUUUUCUGCUCCAAAUUACUGCGGGGAAUUCGACAACUGCGGAGCUAGCAUGUCCGUUUCGGAAGACCUGUUGUGCAAUUUCAAUUUGUUAAAACCCUUCGAUUCGAAAAAAUUGAACAAACAAGGUGUACUGAAGAGAGCGAAGGAAUCUACGACGACGGAGAAAGCUUUGUAA